GGCCGGUGAAUAGUUUGUGCUUGUGACUCUAAAAGUAAAGUGUACGAUGAAGCUGUCCAGCGCGGUCCUGUACUUUGCCCUGCUUGCCACGGCAAUGGUCUGUCGGGCGCAGGCGGGCAGUGCGGAGGAGCUCGAGCAGGCGAAGGAAAUGUUGCGCGGUUUGGCGGCGGAGUGCAAAACGAAGGAGGGCGCCACCGACGAGGAUGUGGAGGGUUUCGUCAACGAUAAGAUGCCCGAGUCGCGCACGCAGAAAUGUUUGGCCGGCUGCAUGCAGGAACAGUUCGGCGUCUCGAACGGGAAAGCGUUCCAGGAGGACGGUUUCAUCGAGAUCGCCAAGAUGCUAAUGAAGGGCGACGAGACCAAGAUCGAGCUGGCGAAGGAGAUUGCGGCCGACUGUAAGGAGGUGGCGAACGACGAUCGGUGCGAGCUGGCGGUGGACAUUAUGAACUGUUUGAAGGAGUCGGCCGAAAAGCACGGCAUUGAGCUGAAACACUGAGCGAGGAAGGGGUAGAGUGUGUUGCAACACACAAUUCACCAGCACGAAAACGAACAGCGAUAGAAAAAAGCGACCGACAACAACGCAACAAGUGCAAACUUUAGUAGCAUUACCCACCGAAGAAUAAAGAAGAAAGGGAUACGAUGACUGUGAGGAGAGCGUUUGUUGCUUGAUUAAACCAGAA